AUGCGAAUGGCCGAACACGCUGCAGCGGUGCGGAGCAAUGACGCUAGCUCUCAGGUUGCGGCUCAAUCGACAAGAUCCGACCACACAUUCAACUUCGAGGAGGCCGAAAUUUCCGCAAGAGGUGACAACCGCGUGAACCGGGAGCUGCUUGAGUCAUGGUUUACUGGCCCCCAGUCCAUUAACAAGUGCAAUGGACUUCCCCUUCCAUACUCGGUGCCGAGACUUCGCCUAGGCGGAGUAAUUAGCCAUGCGGGGAGCGUACAGUGAACACGUUCCCCAACACAAGGGUCAGCGCGUAAGAUGGUCGAACAAUCAUCACGCCAACAUCCAACGCACGUGAUGAAAUUGCAGCAAUUAACGGCGCGAAUAUCGGCCAUCAAACCACGUGCAACGAUCCCUGGUGAAUGGGGGAGCCGUGAACAUUCAUAGGUAUGCGGUAGCAUGGAGACUGCAUCCUAGAAAUACCUCAGCCCUUUGUGCAUGAACCAGCCGUAUCUGCUCUUGUCUCUGAUGAUGGGUUCCAGCAGGAAUCCGGGACGUCAGGCUAAUAAAGCUCUUCUCCCAGCGAUUGUGUCUCCUUCUUCAUGAUGUAGUGCGUCGUGUCCGCACCACAUGCCUCAGAGUUCGUUCGGACUAGACGACUGAUGCCGGCCCGUCUGAUGUCCUUGAAGACUGAGUUCGGACACGCGCUGCAACUGGACAUUAUUCAACCGUCCGAGAGCGCCCGGACAUCCUCUUUGCACCUGACGCCUACGUCGAUAUCAGGCGAUUGGCAGCCCUGUGGCGAGUAUUAUGCCCUCGACAACGCCAACAUCUCCAGUCUCUAUCCAUUGCGUCGUCUUCAGGAUAUCGUCGGAACCAGUUUCAGCAAUGCGAUUUACUCAAACGUCGACCUGGUGUUCACCUUUUGCAAAAUACAUGUCGCCUUGGUGGAUAUCACCAAAACAAUCUUCGCUUCUCUCUUCUGUGACUUCAGAUUCAUCCUUAUACCAUUACGUCUAGGCGUUCCAGAGGUCCAUCGACGAUAUCUCCUGUGGCCUGCUGUUGUGAACGCCCACAAUGAUGACCUUUUCGCGGCUACUCAGAAUGCUGAAGUGCAUGAGGAGCCUUGUCCUUAG